CGUCUCCCCAGGCUCUGCAGCAAGCAAGCACCGAGCCUCGUCUCGCCCACGGCCCACUCCCCUAUAGACUGCCCACUACAACUCACCAUCUUCGACUCUGCGCCAAGAUGUCCUACCCUGCCAAAGAGAUCGAGGCGUCGAUGGACUACGACUGUGUCGUUGACCUUCUGCACGAAUCCAAGGCCCCAGCCGUCGCCUCCACCGACUCUCGAUCGCUGCUCACCCACUCGGCCCUCAAGUCCUUCAUCAUGGGCUGCCCCAUCGGGCCCAUCAAGCCCAAGCCCAACCUGCGAGUCGGCAUUGCCUUGCCCGACAGCCCCGAGCUGGCUGUCUGCCUCAUCACCCUCAUGACCUACUGCACGGCCGUGCCGCUCAGUGUCAGCCUGACGGCCGAAGAAUUCGAGGUCGAGCUCAAGAGCUUGAAGGCGAAAUGCAUGAUUCUGCCCGAUCCCGUCGUCAACCGUCUCGAAGGCCUGGGCAUCCCUGUCUUCCUCCUCACCCCCGAUUCCCUAACAGCUGGUCUGUUUUCGAUUCAAAGCUGCCGCCAGCGCCAGGAACCGCCCAAGGACAACCGGAGAUCGAGGGCCUAUUCGAUGCGACACGAGUACUCGGCUCCCGAGGACGAGGCCAUGCUUCUCCGUACCUCCGGAACCAGUGGCAACAAGAAAACGGUGCCCUAUACCCUGCGCACGCUCCUGGUCGGCGCCAUGUGCGUCGCUCGAUCGUGGGGCCUGAAGGAGGGAGAGGUCAAUCUCAACAUGAUGCCCAUGUACCACGUCGGCGGCAUCGUCCGUAACUGUCUUGCCGUCAUCCUGAGCCGAUCGUGCGUCAUCAUGACCAAGGGCUUCGACCCGGUCGUCUUUUGGGACAUCAUGGAGAACUCGCAGGUGACUCCGACGUGGUAUUUCGCCGUCCCCACCAUGCACCACGCCAUCCUGCAGGAGGGUCGGCAGCGCUUUACCGGUGCCAAGAAGGUGCCCACUUCCAUUCGCAUGAUCUGCAAUGCCGGCGGCGGUCUGCUGCCGUCGCUCGCUGUCGAGCUGCGUGAGUACUUUGGGUGCACUGUCCUGCCGUCCUACGGUAUGACAGAAUGCAUGCCCGCCACCACGCCCCCGCUGAACUACAAGCUCGACCGGCCCGGCACAUCCGGUAUUUCUGUGGGUCCCGAAAUCGCCAUCUUUGACGGCAACGGAGACCGCAUGCCUCUUGGUCAGAUUGGCAACAUUGGUCUCCGCGGCGUGCCCUGCUUUGGCGGCUAUGAAGGCGACGAGGCUGCCACCAAGAAAGCCUUCAACAAGGAGGGCUUCUUCGACACGGGCGAUAUGGGAUACAUGGACAAGGAAGGAUAUCUUUUCAUCACUGGCCGCUCAAAGGAAGUCAUCAACCGUGGCGGUGAGAUUAUCUCGCCCGUCGAGAUCGAGGAUGCCGUCGUCGCCCAUCCGCGAGUCCAGCAGACCCUGGCCUACUCCAUUGCCCACGAUGUGUUGCAGGAGACCAUCGGUGUUGUCAUCGUCUCUGAGCCCGGUGCCCCGCGAGUCGAUCUCAAGGAACUGCAAAACUUUGUUUCAAAGACCCUCCACCCCUCCAAGUGGCCCCAGGCCAUCUGCUAUAUGGACAAACUGCCCAAGAACCAAGGCAACAAGCCCCUCCGUAUUGGCCUGGCAACCCGCCUUGGCAUCAAGGAGAUGACAGACAAGACCCCUAUGUACGACCGUCUCUUUGAAGCACAUGCCCCUCCCGUCACCGCCAGCAUCAAGGAGCCCAUCCCAUCGCGCCUCGUCAUCAUCAACGAGGAGCGAGUCAAGCGCCUGGCCGAGAAGCACCCAGAUGUCAAAGAGGCCGCUGUCCUGCCCAACCCGGACGGCUCCAUCAACCUCUACAUCGGCACUUCGUACACCGGACUCGAUCAGGCCAGCAUCAAGAAGCACAUGGACGGCCGCAUCCACGACUAUGAGCAUCCCAAGAAGGCCAUCUUCAUGCCCAAGCUGCCGCGCUUCUCUGAUGGAGAACUGGACUAUGACGCCCUCGAGAAGAUGGGCAGCGCCAAGGGCGGCGACUCGGAAGGCAUGCCCCCGAUGCAGAAGAUGGUCGCCCAGAUCUUCAAGGAAGCGCUUGAGCUCGACCACAUCCCUGGCGCCGGCGACGACUUUUUCGAGUUGGGUGGCAAUUCGCUGACAGCCGGUCGACUUGCCUCGUUGAUCAGAAAACGCUUCGAUGUCACCAUCGCCGCCAUGAUGUUCUUCCAGAGCCGCACGGUCGAGCAGAUUGCCGGCUUGAUCUCCGAGAUGCUCCCUGCCGACUUUGUUAUGGAAGAGUCCGAGAUGGGCGCCGCCAAGAACCGCCCGCCCCGCCCUCGCAAGCCCAGCCCGGCAAAGUCGUCUGUGGCGCCCGUGACCCUCUUUAUCCAGGCCCUGCCCUUUUUCUUCGGCCCGUGCAAGGUCGUCCUCCAGUGGAUCACGUUCGCCUACGGCCUCAAGCUGCUCGAGUUCAUCUAUGGCAUCUUUUUCGAUCAGCGCCGUACCCCGGCCAUCCGCACGCUCAUGGUCAUCCUGUCGCUGAUUGGCACCAAGCUGUCGUUCUGGACGAUUCUGCCCAUCCUGGGUAUCCUCACCAAGUGGAUCAUCAUCGGUCGCUACAAGGCCGGCAGCUACCCUCUCUGGGGCUCCUAUUACCUGCGCUGGUGGUGGGUCGACCAGGUGCUCAACCUGUGCGGCCACGGCAUCUUUGGCGGCACCAACUUUAGCCGUGUUCUCUACUUGCGGUUGAUGGGUGCCUCCAUCGGCAAGAACGUGCACAUCGACUCCAUGACCAACAUCCGCGAGUUUGACCUCGUUCGCAUCGGCCAUGGCUGUGCCUUUGACACGAGCCGUGUCCGCCCCUUCACCAUGGAGACCGGCAAGAUGGUGCUGAUGCCCAUCCGGAUCGGCCACUACUGCGUCGUCAACGUCAGCACCGUCAUUGCCCCUGGCGCCACCGUGCCAAACAACACCGUCUUCCCGCCCCUGUCGUCCUCGUACGAGCUGGAGGAUGCCUCGACAAAGUACACGCCCCUUUGCCGAACGACAGCGCCCUCGCCCAACCUUUUCGUCAAGGCCCUGCUCGGCUAUCCCAUCCUCUUCCUCGUGUGGUUCAUAUCCUCGAUGCCGUGGAUGUUUGUGCUCAACCGUAUCGCCCAAGUUCCCUUCACUCCCGAUAACUCCCUGACCACAUCCUUUGCCGAGAUCCUGCUCUUUUUCGGCAACCCGGCCCGUGUGGGUCUCCACAUGGCUGCCGUGUGCUGCAACCAAGUUCUCAGCCCGAUCGUUGGCCUGCUAUGCUGCAUCGUCAUCAAGCGUGUCUUUAUCGGCAAGUUCAAGGCCGGGCCGCGCAAGAUCACCCAGCUCAACCUGCUGCGCUACUGGCUCAUGGAGGAGCUGCUCGGCGACGGCACCUUCCGCGGCGUCUCGGCCCUGAUCGGCAAGCACUACGAGCUCACUAGCAUCAUCUACCGCGCCCUGGGCUCCCGCGUCGGCAAGCGCAUCUACUGGCCGGGCACGCCCGUCAAGGUCUAUGAGUUUGAUCUGUUUGAGGUCGGCAACGACGUCGUCUUUGGCUCCCGCUCGCACAUUGCCAACUCGGACCACUUCCAGAGCGCCAAGAUCAUCAUCCGCUCGGGCGCCAUGUUGGCCGAUCGCUGUGUGCUGCUGCCGGGCUGCACCAUCGGCCGUAACUGCGUCAUGGGAUCGGGCGGUCUCGGCAAGGCCUUCACGUACUAUCCGGACGGAUCGAUCUGGAUCGGCUCCAAGAACGGCGGCGCCACUCUCUGGGACGCCGGCGACCCGGUUGCCGCCCGCUCCCAAGACACCCGCACCCCAUUCGCCCGCGCCUUCUAUAUGGGCACGGCCAACUUUUUCGUCCUGCCCGAGGCCAUCUGCAUCCUCUACAGCACCUUCUUCGAGGCCUUCACGGGCUGCUACUGGACGAUGGGCAUCACCGGCGCCGCCAUGAUCGGCCGCAUCGCGGUCAUGCACAACUGGUUCGGCAACAACAUCACCUACCUGUCGUACUUUUGGCCGCUGUUCUUCUUUGCCACCGCGACGGGCACCUUCCAGGUCCUCAGCUUCGGCGCCCUGUUCAUCACCAUCGCCAUGAAGUGGAUGACCAUGGGCAGACGCAAGGUCGGCCGCUACGACUGGGACCUGUCCUCGUACUGCCAGCGCUGGCAGAUCAUGCUGGGAGCACAGUCGAUCCGCCACGGCCUCCUCGAUCGCAUCCGCGGCUCCUGGUACAUUGUUGCCUUUUUCCGGGCUCUCGGCGCCAAGGUCGGCAAGCGUGUGUGUCUGUACCCGACCGGCGGCGAUCCCAUGAUGACCGAGCCCGACCUGACGACCUUUGGAGACGACGUUGCCCUCGACCGGGCCAGUGUCGUGUGCCACAUCAACAGCAAGGGCCAGUUUGCGCUCAACCCGCUGGUCAUCGGCAGCGGCGCCGUGCUCCGGGCCUACUCGCGCCUGCUCUCGGGUGCCGAAAUGGAGGAGGACUCGACCCUCCUCGAGCACACCCUCGUCAUCAGUGGCGACAUUAUCGAGGCCGGCACUGUCUGGCAGGGCUGGCCAUCGUCCGAAGUCACCCCGAAGGCCCCCGUCAUCCCGGCCCGCAAGAACACCGACGGCAAGGCGACGCUUGGCCGAGACGACCGAGCCGGCACCAUUCGCGGCUCUGCUCGCUCCACCAGCCGCGCCGGCACCCCGAACACAGGCUCGGUGACUCGCCAAGGCACACUCCCUCAUCGCGGCCAGAGCAUGUCCCGCAGCAAGUCCAACACCCGCGAACGACCGAUCCGCGGCCAGUCCGACUCUGCGGAGCAAGACCGAGAAGGCGGCCAGCGCAGAACUCGCCGCUACCGCUACUCGCAGUUCCACGGCACCUUCAAGCGCUCGACGGCUGUCCAGGGUCGCUGAGGCGGCUGAGCAACGCAUGCUGGAGCUGACAGCGUCGCUCCGGUGUCUAUCUGGCAUCUCACUUUGGUGUCCUUCACUUUGGUGUCUCUCUCCCAUGUUCCCUUAAAUUGGAUCAUCUCUCAUAGGGAUAAUAUAGCAGCGUACCCAUUUUGAAACAGGA